AUGGCACAGUCACUGGGGCUAAAAAUGAAUGCAAAGAAGUGCCGCAGCAUCCACCUUUCCGGGCGGCAACCAGUGGGCCUCAACGAAACAACAUUCACCGUUAACUGCGAGGCGAUAGAAGCCCUGAAGGAGUUUGACAGCAUUAAGUGCCUCGGACAACCGACCGGAUACAACGUACUCCACGACGACAAAGACCUACAUCAAACGAUGGAAAAUGCCACCAGGAUCAUGUCGUCUCUACUUGCCCCCUGGCAACGACUCGAUGCUAUUCGUACGUUCGUCUUCCCAGCGCUCAACUUCGCGAUGCGCUGCGGAUCACUGGGCAAGACGGACUGGGAGAAGCUAGACCACCAUUUACGACCACUACUGAAGAGGACGCUCUACCUCCCGCAGUCGGCGUCAACAGUCUACCUUUACAGAAGCAGAAAGGCUGGAGCGUGUGGCAUACCUCUGGCAGCCGAGCUUAGUGACGUUUGUCGUAUCGACAAUGCCUUCAAGCUCUGCACUUCACCAGAUACCGAAGUAGCGAAGCCCGCCUUCGAAGAGGUACACGCCACCGUGACCACACGUUUGGGACGCGAAGCUGGCCACGCUGACAUCGCAGCAUUCCUGAACGGCAACAACGAAGGCGACUUCCGCAGAGCCAGCAAUUUCCUUCCGAAUGUCUGGACGGAAGCAAGGAAGGCGUCCACACGGUUGAAGGUUACGUGGGAAAUAGAGGAGGAAUCAGGCACAACUGUGUCCCGGGAGGCAACAACCAUCACAAGCAAGCAACGGACCAGACUGAUGGCGUGUUUCCGGGGCCUACUUUCGCAUAUUAACGACACCCAUCUGCAAAGUCUCCCCAACCAAGGAAAGGCCAUGGAGGCCGUCGCAAUGGACCUGGCAAGCUCGCACUUCAUGAUCAGUGGCGACUACACACGAUUCGCCGACUGUCGUUUUGUCCACAGAGCCCAGUUCAAGCUCGUCCCGCUCAAUGGAGCCAAGCCUUGGAGCCACCAGGACAAGCGCUGUAGGCGCUGCGGCCAUGAUUCGGAAACCCUGCCGCAUGUUCUUGGCCAUUGCAUGAGAAUGAGCAACCGCUACACCAACAGGCACAACGAAUUCGUCCAGAGAGUCAAGAAAGCCGCACAAGAACGUUUCACUCUGAUAAGUGAAAACCAAUUCCAAUCAAUCAUUUUUAUCUCACGGGCCGUGAUGCAUUAG